AUGUCCGACUCUAUCACCACUUGGGCCAAGGAGCAGGCCAAGUUCUUCACCUUUGGUGUCCCUCCUGUGCCCAUUAUGCACAGUCCCGACGAGGCCGGCCUUGAUUACGAAGAGAUCGUCUUCCCGGCUCAUCUUGAUGGUGUCCCAAUUGAGGGCUGGUUCAUCCCCGCCAAGGGUUCAAAGAAGAUUAUCAUCUGCAACCACCCCAUGACCUUCAACAGGGCUGGGUGCCGCCCCCUCGCUGGAUUUGGCGAAGGCGUCAACUUGAUCCCUGACUAUAAGCACCUCCACGACGCGGGCUACAACAUUGUGGCUUAUGACAUCCGCAACCACGGCCGCAGUGGAAGCAACUUUGGCGCUGCGGGCGGCCAGGGUCCGUACGUCACCUUCGGCGUCUACGAGUCGCGCGACGUUGUUGGAUCGAUCCAGUAUGUGCGCAAGCGCUUCCCGGACUACGAGGUUGCCCUCUACUCGCGUUGCAUGGGGGCGAACAGCACGAUCAAGGCGUGGCAGAAGUACCCGGACGAGUUCAAGGACAUUAAGACCCUUCUCGCUCUUCAGCCCGUCAGCAUCCGCAGUUUCAUCGAGACUGGUGCCAAGAAGGCCAACCUCGACGUCGCCAAGGCCGCCGAGGCCUUUGACAAGGAACUGUUCGACGAGGUCGGGUUCCGCCUCGAUGACUACUCGCCGCAGCUGGCCGCUCCCGCUGUGAAUGUGCCAACCUUUGUUCUGACCGUUCGCGAUGAUGCGCUCAUCAACGCCCCAAAGGACCUUGUGGAGAUCUACGACAACCUUGGUACCAAGGAGAAAAAGAUCUUUUGGAUCGAGGGCACGACGGUGCGCUUCGACGGCUACUCGUACUUUGGCAGCCACCCGGAGCAGAUGGUCGACUGGUUCAAGAAGUAUCUGUAG